AUGUGCUUUCCCAGGAAAUCCACCGAGUCAGUGAAUGUCUUGGUGAAUGACGGAUCAAGUGUAGGCGCUUAUACACUGGACCUGGUGACGCCCCCGAAGUCAGCUUCGGAGGUGGUCAAGUUGCCAACGCUAGAAUCCAAAAGAUUUUUGCGAGAUCUGCGUAGUGACAAGAUCAAGCAAAUCUGCGUACUCGUCACAGAGGACGAGUACGACGCCGAUAUUCGGUCGGCACAAGUGUUUGCUGAGAACGAACGGGUUCUCAGUAGCUGA